UGAGCCACCGGAGUGAUCGCUUGUCCGGCCUAUCAGAGCGGGCGUCUCCGCUGUCUGACCCGAGAGGGAGGGCUCUAUGAAGAGGGCACAGCGAGCUGUGAAUAUUGUUCGGUGUGAAGUUGAGUAAAUUACUGUAUGGCUGCAGAUCUUAAUGGAAGUGAUUCCCUUUCAAAUCAUGCCUUCUGCUUUAUUUUCGGUGCGUUAAACACUGCUUAACACUGCUUAACACUGCUUAAACGGCUACUGGACUAUCAACAAAACGUUAUUUACAACUAUCACAUGAUGCUGCAUUGUAUGCCAAGUUGUAACUUCAGGCUAUAGGGAUGGCGUCUUCCGGAUAGUGUGAAAUCGCGGAGGCUCUAAUUGAAGGCAUUUCUUCAUAAGUGUUUGAUGCAUAAUAGACGUGGAAAUCAGUAAGUUGUGGAGGAAGUCAACCGCACACAUGUUGCAACUAAGCGCAACUUUCGAUUUGCAGCAGGAUGUGGUGUCAAGUAUAUUUAAGAAAGACGCGACUGUAGGAAUAAUCAAAGAAUACUCAGGGAUCGUUGACACUCGGAUCCUCAACAUUGAAAGGGAUGGAGGAGUCCUCUACUCCUGGAAAGGGGAAACAGGGACCACCAGGAUCGGGAAAUACGACCCCGAUACCAGACAGAAUAAGCUCCUCUACACAUUUGACAAGCAGGUGUGUGUCAGCAGCUGUUCUCUGAAUAAGGAGGAGACUCUGCUGGCGGUCAGUUUGGCACAGAGGACAAGAACAGAGGAGCGCCUCAGACCAGUUUCAAAAUGUCUGACCCUCCUCAUUGAGAUCCAUCCCAUUAACAACACUAAGGUCCUGAAGGCUGUCGACUGCCGGGUCAGAGUUCAGUUCCUCCAUCCAGACACAGAGAGGGACUCGGUGCUGGAGAGUCACCUGCUGCUGGUAGCAGAAGAUGGCUAUGUGGAGCAGCUCCAUGUGAUGCUGGUCAGACAAGAGGGUUACAGAGUGGUGAUGUUGAGUCCAGAGUGCCUGGCCAAAGACAGGGUGGCAGAGGAUUUCAGCUGGGUCCAGUGGGACAGCCAGACACAGAGACUCUUCUACCUCACACACAGGGAAAAAGCUGUGCUGAAAUGUGUGCAAUUCUGCCAUGACCGCAACUGUGAGACCUUGUUUGAGCUUGUCCUGGAGUUGCCCUCUAACCCUUUCACCUGUAUGAGGUUUGUUAACCUGGGCUUUGACCAUCACCAAGAGACGCAGCAUGAACGGGAGGAGAUGAGGAUGGUGGUGAUCACCAAUAACACAGGGAUUAUGUGUGUGUGUUACAGCCAGCCUGCUUGUGUCAACCAGGAGAUCACAUACACCAUAGUCCUGGUGCACAGAGGCUGCAGUAAAACGUUCUCAGUGGCUCUGGAUGGCACCCCUAGUCCAUGUAGUACAGAUCUCCUCCCUCUCUUCAUCCCUAUAGGUUACUACGUGGUAGUCUACCUGUCUGGUCACUUCCUGCACUGCAUCAACACCAGGCAACAGGAGCUGCUCUGCCACAGCCUCUUCCUCUCAGGUGUUGAUGCAGAGCUGGGUGUGUUGGGAUCAGACAGUGUGGUAUUGUCUCUACCCGAGUCCUCUCUGCUGGACCUGAACACAGGCAGGAUGUACACUGUAGACCUCAACCCCUCCUUCCUAAUGGACCUACUGCACUGCAGCCACAGGAGACCUGAUUCUCAACGCCUGGCUGCCCUGCACUGUCUGCUGCUCUACAUGGGACCCAACGCUGCACUAGAACUGAAGAUCAUAGAUUGGAUCUGUGACAAUGUCAUGCCGUUCGACACCUUCGAUCAAAUUCAGGAAUUUAUUCUGGCGUCACUGUACAGGAUCAUCUAUAAGAAGUGUCUCAGUCUGGAUGAAGUCCUACCCUACUCCUCUGUGUUUGAGAAGAAGAAGGUACCUGAGACUCUAGACCAGGUCCCGGUGUCACCUGCACCACAGAGCUCCAUGCUGAACCAGUGUUCAAAGGAAAGGCCAGGAGUCUCCAGGGUUAUUGGGAAGAGCUGCAGUGGAGCACAGAAAAGAUGAAGUACUUUGAGGCGGUUCCAAACCCACGAUACAGAGCAUCUCAGAACCUGCCAGACUGGACCAAGCUGCUCACUACCCUGAAGUCAAAGAACAAGAAGGCUUCUAACUAUCUACGCCACAU